AUGCAAGACCGGGAGUUGAAGGGCGGCUCGAGGAAGGCGUUCGCUGCGGUUUUCUCGAUAUUCGCGAACAGCUGGUGGCAGAAGGCCGAUAACGUGAAGACGGCCUCUGUGCUCACGAUUCCCAAGAAGGACUUGCCGGCUGAGGCGCGCCACUUCCUGUUGGGCUGCAUUCCGAAGAAGCCAGCAUCGGAUCUCCAAGGAAAAGAAGAUACUGAUGUCCAUAAAGCCGCCUCCGGUGGUGCCGCGGGACACUCGGCUUGCAACGUGUUGGUGACGGUGAAGGCAGCGAGCUCUUCGACAUCGGCAGCCGCUUUGUAA